AUGCCAAAUCCAAUUGAAUACAAUUAUGGUCCUCGAUCUGUCGCUGUGGGUUAUUUCAACAAUGACACUUGGUUAGAUAUUGUUGUUGCAAAUCGUGUUGUUGGUACGAUUGUAGUUUUUUUUGGUUAUGGUAAUGACACUUUUGAAAUUCAAACACCCUAUUCGACUGGUAAUGACUCUUCUCCAUCUAUGGUUGCAGUUAGUGAUUUCAAUAAAGAUAAUCGGUUAGAUAUCGCUGUCGCAAAUUUUGGCACUAACAGCAUAGGUAUCUUUCUUGGAUAUGAAGAUGGAUUAUUUGAAGAACAAAUAUUGAUUUCAAUUAGCUCAUCUCGUCCACUCUGGAUACACAUUGCAGACUUUAAUAAUGACACAUUACCUGACAUUGUUACUGCGAAUUAUGGGAUCAAUAGUAUUAGCGUACUGCUUGGAUAUGGGAAUGGGAGUUUCUCAAACCCAGCUAUGUAUUCAACAGGCUAUGAUUCACGUCCUUUCUCAGUUAUUUCUGGAGAUUUAAAUAAUGACAACAAAUUAGAUCUUAUUAUUGCCAAUUCAGCCACAGAUAAUAUAGGUAUAAUGUUUGGAGAUGGCUAUGGUAACUUUAAAUAUCAAAAACCAUUGUCUACAGGUUCUGGCUCUCAUCCAUACUCCGUUGUUGUUUCUUAUUUGAAUAACGACAAUCUAUUGGAUAUCGCUGUCGCCAAUUAUGGGACACAAAGUGUCGGUAUAUUUUUGACUUAUGAGAAUGAAACAUUUGCACAUCAAACAAUAUAUUCACUGGGCACUUCCUCGCCGUAUUCAAUUACCAUUGAUGAUUUCAACAAUGAUGGUCAACUUGAUAUAGUUGUAACUAAUAAAGGAUCUAAAAAUAUAGGCAUGCUUCUAGGCUAUAGUAAUGGCACUUUUGCAAGUCCAAAAAUGUAUUCCACUGGAUCAUCUUCUUCUAUAGCAGCAGCAGUAGGUGAUUUUAACAACGAUCGUCGAUUAGAUAUGGCUCUUGUAAGCAAUGACACUAACAUUAUAGCUAUACUUUAUGGUUAUGACAAAGGCUUUUCGAGCAAAAGCACGUAUUCUACUGGUCGAUUUCCACUAUCCGUAGCCGUCGGUGAUUUCAACAACGACACACAUCUAGAUGUUGUUGUCACUAACUAUUAUGACAAGACUGUUAGUCUGCUUCUUGCAUAUGGUGAUGGUUCUUUUCAAAACCAAAAGACAUUUUCUACUGGUGCUAGUCCAUAUGGAGUAACUGUCGGUGAUUUCAAUAAUGACACAAUAUUGGAUAUUGUUGUCGCUAAUCAUGAUGAUCACACUGUAAGUGUACUUCUUGGAUAUGGGAAUGGCUCUUUUGAAAACCAAAUGAAGUUUUCCACUGGUAUUUCUCCGCAAUCUGUAUCAGUAGGUGAUUUCAACAAUGAUACAAGUUUGGAUAUCGUUGUCGUUAAUACUGGAGACCACACUGUAAGUGUACUUCUUGGAUAUGGGAAUGGCUCUUUUGAAAAUCAAAUAAAGUUUUCCACUGGCUUUUUUCCACAGUCUGUAGCAGUUGCUGAUUUCAACAAUGAUACACGAGUCGAUAUUAUCGUCACUAAUUAUCGAAACUUCUUUGUAAGUGUACUUCUCGGAUAUGGCAAUGGUUCUUUUCAAAAUCAUAUUGUAUCUUUCACUCUGUUUCGACCGUACGCAUUAGCUGUUGGUGAUUUCAAUAAUGACGCGCUAUUAGAUGUUGUCGUCACAAAUUUUGAUAAGAUGAGUACUGUUAAUGUACUUCUCGGAUACGGCAAUGGCUCUUUUGAAGAUCCAAUGACAUUUGCAACUGGCUCUUAUCCAUAUGCAGUCGUUGUCGAUGAUUUCAACAAUGACACACAAGUCGAUAUUGUUGUCACUAACAAUGGUGAUGAUACUAUAAGUCUACUUCUAGGAUAUGGCAAUGGCUCUUUUGAAAACCAAAUGACAUUUUCUACGGACUCUGGUCCAUCUUCACUAGCUGUUGGUGAUUUUAAUCAUGACACGAAACUAGAUAUUAUAGUAACCAAUUCUGUUAAUAAUGAAGUCUAUGUACUGCUUUAUGAUAACAGUGGAGCUUUGAGAAAGGAAAUAGUACUUGCCUCUGGCGGUGGUUCUCGUCUAAGUUCUGUUGCCGUUGCCGAUAUUAACAAUGAUGAUCUAUUAGACAUUGUUGUUGCUAAUUAUGCUACGGAUAACGUAGGUGUCAUUCUUGGAUAUGGCAAUAGCACAUUUAGAAGCCAGAUGAUGCAUACAGUUGGAUUAAAUUCACAUCCUAAAUCAAUGGCCAUUGCGGAUUUCAAUAAUGAUGCUCAACUAGAUAUUGUAGUGACCAAUUUAAAUACUAAAAAUGUCGAAUUACUUCUUGGGAAUGACAAUGGAACAUUUUUGCUACAGAAAGGCUAUCAAAUUGAUUCGAAUUUUACUCCCUUCGUUGUUGCUGCUGGAGAUUUCAACAAUGAUAGACGCUCUGACAUUGUUGUUGCAUAUGAUAAUACUGAAAAUGUUGAUAUAUUUAUUACAUAUGAUAUAGGGUUUUUUACAAAUGCAACGACAUAUCCUACUGGUUCUCAACCACAGUCUGUCGUUGUCGGUGAUUUCAACAAUGAUACAAUACUGGAUAUUGUCGUCUGUAAUAGUUAUGACAAUACAGUUAGUAUACUUGUAGGAUAUGGCAAUGGCUCUUUUAAAGAUCAAAUGACGUUUUCCACAGGCUUUUAUCCACAGUCUAUAGCAGUCGGUGAUUUCAACAAUGACACAAGAUUAGAUCUCGUCGUUAGUAAUGGUUUUAAUGGUAGUGUAAGUGUACUUCUUGGAUAUGGUAACGGUCUUUUUGACAAUCCAAUCAUAGUUUCUACUGGAUCCUAUUCGCAAUCUGUAGCAGUCGGAGAUUUCAACAAAGACACACUAGUCGAUAUUGUUGUCACUAAUACAAAUGAAAACAACAUAGGUGUUCUUCUCGGAUAUGGCAAUGGCUCUUUCAAAUAUCAAAUCACGUUUUCCACUGGUUCUCAUCCAAAUUCAUUUGUUAUCGGUGAUUUCAACAAUGACAGUCAGCUGGAUAUCGUUGUUGCUAAUGAAAAUGAUCACACUGUAAGUAUACUUCUCGGAUAUGGCGAUGGCUCUUUUGCUAAACAAAUUACGUUUUCUCUUGGUUCUAUGCCGACAUCUCUGGUGACUGGUGAUCUUAAUAAUGACACUCAAUUGGAUAUUGUCGUCAUUAGUACCGAUAGCAAUUCAGUAGGUGUGCUUCUAGGAUAUGGGAAUGGUUCUUUUGCUAAACAAAUCACAUUUUAUGCUGGCUCUUCUCCGCAGUCUGUAGCUAUCGGUGAUGUCAACAAUGACACAAGAUUGGAUAUUGUUAUCUCCAAUAAGUAUGAUCGCACUGUAAGUGUUCUCAUUGGAUAUGGAAAUGGCUCUUUUGCUGAACGAAUAAUAUAUUCUAAUGGUGGGUUUCGCUCAACUUCUGUCGCUACUGGUGAUUUCAAUAAUGACAAGCGACUGGAUAUUGUUGUUACUAAUCCUAAUAACAAUAAUGUAGCUCUACUUUUUGGAUAUGCCAACGAAGCUUUUGUAAAAGUAAGAACACUCUCAACUGGUAAUGGUUCUCAACCACAAUCAUUCGCUAUUGGUGACUUCAACAAUGACAAUAACAUGGAUAUCGCUGUUGUUAAUUCGAAAACUAAUCAUGUCGGUAUUUUUCUUGGAUAUGGCAAUAACUCUUUUACAAAUCAAUUAACAUAUAGAACGGGUACUGCUCCAAAAUCUAUAGCACUAGGUGAUUUUAACAACGACAGUAACCUGGAUAUUGUCAUCGCUAAUUCUAAAGACGACAAUAUAAGCAUAUUUUUAGGAUAUGGUAAUGGUUCUCUUGCAAAUCAAAUGACCUACUCAACUGGUUCCAAUUCUGAGCCCUACUCAGUUACAGUUGCUGAUUUUAAUAACGACACCUUACUAGACAUUAUUGUCGUCAAUCAUGGUUCGAACAGUGUAUGUGUUUUUUUUGAAUACGGGAAUGGCAAUUUUACCAAUCCAAAGUGCUUCUCAGUUGGUGAAGGAACUCUUCCAUUUUCUGUUGUCGUUGGUGAUUUUAAUAAUGAUAGAAAGCUGGAUUUAGUUAUUGCUAACGAGGGCACUGACAAUCUGAAACUUCUCCUACAAACAUGUUAG